AUGCGAAUUUCAUCAACUCUCUGCCGCUUGGCAGGUGGCGCUUUUGCCGUAUCAUUCGUUAUUGAAUCAGCAUUAGCAGCGAGCAUUGAGCAAUGGAAGACCAGAACAGUCUACCAGACGAUGACUGAUCGCUUCGCCCGGACCGACGGCUCGAUAACAGCGCCUUGCAAUGCUUCCGCGGGUCUAUAUUGUGGAGGAACAUGGCAAGGAACGAUCGACAAACUCGACUACAUCCAGGACAUGGGGUUCGAUGCGGUUAUGAUCUCCCCUAUUAUCGAAAAUGUCGCAGGUCGCGUCUCAUAUGGAGAAGCCUACCACGGGUAUUGGCCACUGGAUCUAUAUUCCCUCAACUCGCACUUUGGGUCAAAGCAAGACUUGCUGGACUUAAGCAAAGAGAUUCACGACCGAGGCAUGUACCUGAUGAUGGACACGGUUAUCAACAACAUGGCCUAUAUGACGAACUACAGCAACCCUGCUACCAGCAUUGACUACUCUGUCUUCACGCCGUUCAACAAUGAGGACUACUUUCAUCCUUACUGCAUCAUUACGAAUUGGAACAACUUUACCGACGCGCAGCUUUGUCAGACUGGUGACAACCAGACUGCUCUGCCUGAUCUGUACACUGAGCAUGCCGAUGUUCAAGAUCUGCUUCUGAAUUGGACACGCGACACAAUGAGCGAAUAUUCCAUUGAUGGACUCCGUAUCGAUGCUGCGAAGAGUGUCACCCCUUCCUUUUUGCGAAGAUACUCCGACGAGAUUGGUGCAUUUAUGACUGGAGAGGUCAUGCAACAAGAAGCGAGUAUUAUCUGUGAUUAUCAGACCAAUUACAUGGGUAGUCUGCCCAAUUACCCCAUCUACUACUCCAUGUUGGCGGCUUUCACACAGGGGAAUGUUUCCGUGCUGGUCGACCAAGUGCAAACGAUGAAGACAUCAUGUCCCGAUGUCAAUGCGCUGGUCUCCUUCUCCGAAAACCACGACGUGGAGCGUUUCGCCAGCUUCACGGAUGACAUCUCGCUCGCCAAGAAUGCCGUGACCUGGACACUCCUGUUUGACGGUGUCCCCUUCAUCUAUCAAGGUCAGGAACAACAUUUCAAAGGAGCUGGCACCCCCCUCAACCGCGCGGCCCUCUGGAAAUCUGGGUACGAUAACAGCAGUGUGCUUGUUCCUGUGAUCACCACACUCAACAAGAUUCGCAAGCACGCCUAUCGAAUGGAUAGCAGCUACGUCGAUACCGCGAGUUACAACAUCUACGAAGGAAGCAGUGAAAUUGCGUUCACAAAGGGUGUCGAGGGGCGCCAGGUCAUCAUGCUCCUUUCCAACCAAGGCACGGACUCCAGCCCAUACACGCUCACUUUGCCAGCCACAUACAAUGCUGGUACGAAUAUUACGGAGGUCUUGAGCUGCAAGACAUAUAUGGUUAAUGAAUGGGACGCAACUUUGGUUGUCGAUAUGGAUUCUGGGUUGCCGCGGGUGUUCUUCCCUACCGCUCUUAUGUCGGGUAGUGGAAUCUGCGGCUACUCUGCGGCCAAUCUUACUUACACACAAGUCAAGACUGGGGUAACAACUUCGCUUGGGACCAAGGCUCAACAGGUUACUGGGCAAGCAGCCUUCGGUGCUUUCUUCCUGGCUUUGAUGACCCUUGUGUUCUAA